CAACACCAGAGCACUGCACGGGUUUGCUUGUGGCACGCAUCUAAGAUUUACUCGUCCUUACGAAGUAUCCCCUAUCCUGCGUAUUAUUUCUCCUUAUCACUUCCCAUCGCUGUUAGUUAUAUCCUUCUUUACGAUCAGAUCUUACAAGGUCCAGCACCACAAGGAGACCUUCUCCGUCUGGACAAGAUCGUCAAGAAAUCCGACCUAGAGGUAUGGACAAGCUGCGCCCAAGAUGUCCGCGUGCAUAUUACCGGCAUCGGCACUUUAGAAAAUUCCGAGAGUAUUUAUGGAUUGCUUGUUGAUGUGGAGAAGAUGCUGCGAUCUCAGAGACCAUGGCAAAGGAUAGCUCGAGCACUUGCAUGUUGUUUCUCACAAAUA